GACUCGUUGCCUCCACAACCACUCAGUGUCAACUUUCUGCAAACACCACCUCACUUCUCCUUUGCACCCCGCAACAGGUGGCUGCAGCAGGGACAGCACAGGACAGAGCCGCAGCAGCCCCAUGGCCCAGAGCGUGCUCUACGCCGACCUGAGAUUCGCCAAGGGGCGGGGCCACGGCACAACCAGCCAGGCGCUGAAGGCAGCCAGCAUGGACGACACAGACAGCCCCUAUGAGAAUGUUGUACCGGGAUCAGCACCUGUGGGCACAGCAGGGGAAGGGACCCAGCAGAGCCCAGGGCACUGGUCCCGGCGGCGCUGUGUCCCUGCGGGGCUGCUGGCAGUCAGCCUGCUGCUGUUGGUGGCCCUGGUGACCCUGGGGACCUGCUACUGGCAGGUGAACCACCAGCUGCAGAACGUAUCCAUGGAGCAGGCCACUGAGCGCAGCCACUUCUCACAGGAGGCACAGGUGUGGAAGCAGAGCCUGAGGCAGACACAGCAGGAGCUGGCAUGGGUGCAAGAGGAGCUGCAGCAAGCAUGGCAGGAGGCCCACCGCAGUCAGCAGGAGCUGGCCAGGCAGGAUGUCGAGCUGGUGCGUGUCUCAGGGGCCCUGAAUGCAACCCAGAAGGAGCUACAGGAUGUGCAGGGGAAGCUCAAUGCCAUCCAG